GAGAUUGGAGACUGAUGUAGCGAGUGUCGCCGCGAAGUAUUUCAAGUGGUGGGAUGUGUACACGGAGUGGCGCAAUGCUUCUCAAAUGCCUGGCGAUGAAGCUCUGCUGCAUAAACGCGAAGUAAGACAGAAGAUGCUUGAUGAGAGUGAAGGUCUUCUUGGCGCACUGAAACUACCAAACGAUGUGUCAUCGUGUACGUUAGCUGCUGACGCCGAUUUCCAGAACGCAGGGUGUUCCCAUGGCGAAAGUGAUAAGCAUAUGUACUGGCUGCGCAAAGCAGGCAUGAUAAAGGAAGACCCAUCAACGUCAAGUGCCUAUCUUGUAGGACCGCCGGCAGCUCUACAAUAUUCGUUGCAGAAUCUCUUCAGCAGACGCCUUGCUGAAUUCUCCAUCAACGUUUCAGCGCCUUAUUUCGUACGUGGCGCAAUCAUUGAUGGUGUGAACGUCUCGAAAGAAUCGUUUCCUUGUAUUGCUUCAAGCGCAAAUAAGAAUACCGACUUGUACUUGACAGGUCGCGGCCUACCCUCACUGGUCGCUUUACUUGUGAAGAAGUCGGUGUCUUCUCAAACAGAAAAGUGGCCUGUCCGACUGCAAAGCCAUGGUGCCGCUUACAGCGUCCCACUGCCCAAUAAUUCCACACUUAGCUUAAAUAACAUUUCGCAAUGUACGAAAGCGGUAUUGCUGUCACUGUGCCGAUCCGAAGAGGAAGAAUACUUGGAAUAUUUGCUGCUUAUUAAACUGCUGCAAGAAAUUUUAGCGCAGGAACUGUGCUUGAAAAUCGCAUCUUCGGCACUUCCUGCUUAUUCUCUCAUGCAUUUUGAGUCUGCAGCGACGAGCGUUAUGACGGAGGCGCGAAUCGAAAUAGCUCGCGUUUGUACGGUUGGCUCGUACAUCUCUCGCCGUUUAAGCAUCUUGUUCGACUCUGAACUGGGAACCGUUGAUUUCGUUCGAAUGACUUUUGCUGAAGUGAAUCUUACCAGGGUUGUAGCCGCUAUUGUUGAAGAGCAUUUGAUGAAAGAAUCUGUGCCGGAGGAUAUUCGUCAGCUCUUGAAGCGCACACCUUAAUU